GUCUACGAGAGUACUUCAGCAAAUUCGGUGACAUAUCAGAAGUGAUGGUCAUGAAGGACCCCACGACGAGGAGGUCAAGGGGCUUCGGCUUCGUGACCUCCGACCCCACUAGCGUCGACAAAGUUUUGGCAGCCGGCACGCACGAAUUGGACGGCAAAAGGUAAAAAUUUUAGAUCGAUCCAAAAGUAGCAUUCCCAAGGAGAGCACAUCCAAAGAUGGUGACGAGGACAAAAAAGAUUUUCGUGGGCGGUUUGAGCGCUCCCACGACAUUAGAGGACGUCAAAUCAUAUUUCGAACAGUUCGGACCGAUUGAAGACGCGAUGCUAAUGUUCGACAAACAGACCAACAGGCACAGGGGGUUCGGUUUUGUCACAUUCCAGAGUGAGGACGUCGUGGACAAGGUGUGCGAGAUACAUUUCCACGAAAUAAAUAACAAAAUGGUGGAGUGUAAGAAGGCCCAGCCUAAAGAGGUGAUGUUGCCGGCCAACUUGGCCAAAACCAGGACGGCCGGAGGAGCUCCUGGUUCACGAGGGGCAUACGAUUUUAUGUGGUCUUUGGGAGCACUACCUGAUGGUUUUCCUGCAGCAGCCUACGCCGCCUACGCAGCCGGAAGGGGCUACUCCGGUUAUCCUAGCUUCGGCCUGCCCUAUCCUACCGUUGAUCUAACCAAUGGCCAGUUGACCCCAAAUAAUAACACGCCGCUGUUGACCCAGGCUCUGUCAGGUAAUUAA